GGGUCCCUCCCCCCCCCCCUUUUUUUUGCGCUGACACACACUGUUGACAUGUUGAAACACGGUAUUCGUAAAGUCCACACUCAGGCCUCCAAAACCGUCUUGUACGGCUGGGGACAAACGCUAGCAUUACCCUUGUCAAAAGGAAGUACCGAUCGUAUCUUUGAUCGUCCUCGAUCAUUAAAAGAGGAACAAGAUUAUGCUUUACCUAAACAUGCAGACAUCACUCGUGUGGCAACAGGUUGGGCACACUCAUUGUUGGCCUUUGACAAUCAAGUGUAUGCAUUCGGACUGGAUCAAAGUGGGCAAUUAGGUGGAUCCCAUGCAACUUUUCCCGACGAGGUGAAAUUACUUGCCUGUGGAAGAGAACAUUCUCACGUCGUCACAGAGAACAAAGAGGGUACACAAUUAUACUCUUUUGGUAAUAACAUGUAUGGUCAGCUCGGUUUGGGUAAAUCCAAGCGAUCGGAUCCGGGUACACUGGUAUGCGAGCGCACACCACAACCUGUGCAUUUCAACCAUCACAUCACCGAUAUCGUCUGCGGUCUCGAUCACACCGUUAUCGCAACCCAGCAGGAGGAGGUCUACGCCAUGGGCUGGGCCGCAGACGGUCAAUUGGGUCAGGGUUUCGAAGACAAAAACCGUCCUUCCAAACUGCCAUUCCCUUAUCACGUAGACAAAUUAUCCAGCUCCACUGAUUUCACCUUGGCUUCGACACCAGGCGGAUUAUGGACCUGGGGUAAUUCAGAGUACGGACAAGGACUUCAGGGUCGAAUCAUUGACAGAAUACUGGAGCCUCUUAAGAUACAAAUGGAUGUGUCUGACUUUGCAGCAGGAGGACCAUUUUCUGUGAUCUUGGCCAGUGAUGGACAAGUGUACACCUGUGGUUAUGGAGCGUUGGGGUUAGAUAAGGUGAUUCAAACUCUAGAACCAACCCUUGUUCAGGGAUUGUCCAACAAGGAGAUCAUCAAGGUAUUUGCCUCUACAGAUUAUGCAGCCGCGCUCUCAAAGAACGGAGACCUGUAUACGUGGGGCUUAAAUGGAUCAGGUCGAUUAGGGUUGGGACCUACAGACGCCAUUGUACCAAAACGUGUUGAUAUCGAUAAACAAGUGAUCGACGUAUCCUUAGGAACCAAUCACGCUAUUGCAACAUGUGCUGAAUAAAAUUGUGGGUGGGGCUCCUAUAAAUGUUUUUUUUUUGGGGGGGAAGAGGAGGAGAGAUAAAUGAGGGAGCCAAGCCUAAAUUGUAACGAUACUUCUUAGAG